CUUUUUCUCCCGGACUCAUCAGACAAACAUGGCCGCAGAGGGAGAUGUCGAUUUGGACUUGGAAGCCGAGGAAAAUUGCACUGGCAAGCCGGCAGAAAAGCCACGGAAACAUGAUAGUGGGGCUGCUGAUUUGGAAAGGGUUACCGAUUAUGCCGAAGAAAAAGAAAUAUCAAGUUCCGAUUUGGAAACGGCAAUGUCCGUAAUUGGUGACAGAAGAUCCAGAGAACAGAAAGCAAAGCAAGAACGAGAAAAGGAACUGGCCAAAGUCACAAUUAAGAAAGAGGACGUGGAACUCAUUAUGGGCGAGAUGGAGAUUCCACGAGGCAUUGCUGAGCGCAGCUUGAGGGAACACAUGGGGAAUGUGGUUGAAGCCUUGAUUGCACUGACCAAUUGAGAAACCCCACUGGAUCACCAUAGGAACAUUUUUACAGCCUGAUGGUCUCAAGUAUCCAACGGCUCCGCCGUCUCAUCUCCAACAUCCUCACUCAGUGACUGAAUCUCCAUUCCACAGCUCACAUCCCUUGUAUUUGAUCUUCUGUAAUAAAAGUGACUUUUUAAGA